AUGACGGACGAAAUCACCCCCCAGACACAGCAGACGCUGCCCAAGAAAGACGACAAGAAGCAGCAGCCGUCUAACGGCUCUGUUCAACAGGGCGGCAACAAACCAGCCCCCAAGAAGAACGGCCCUACUUCUCGCUCGACCUCUGUCGGCGCAGGCGCGGGCAGCGCUCGGCCCUCCUCACGGUCGAGCAAUCCGAGCAGCAGGAAGCCCAGCAACGCCCAGGGCGCCGCAGACUCAGGCUCCGAGUCUGCCAACACCCGCAAGAACAACAACAGCGGCGACGGCAGGCAGCGCGGCAAGUCGCAGUCGGGCCGCGGUGGAGGGCAGCAGGGUGGAGGACACAAGAAGGGCCAGUCGACCUCGCAGGGUAACCGUGGUCAAGGCGGGGGAAACAGGCCGAAACAGCCCUCCCCCGUCCCGCCCGCGACGAGCGAGAGCAGCGAUGCGCUCUCGUCGCUCCAGCGCGUUAUCGCGGACCUCAAGACGACCUCCCCUCCCAGCCAGCAGGGUAGUCUCCAGUCCCUCGCCGCGGCUUCUAACCUUCCCGUGAACGCCCCCGUGUUUCAGCCCGGGGCGCAAGCCUUCCCCAGCUCCGGCCACGAACAGCCCCCGCGUCACCGUAAGGCGGCCUCGCUGGGUGCGUCGUCGCUCAGCGGCGGGCUGGGUUAUUCCCCGAACCUCGGCUCGAUGAUGGAGGAUGUGGAGGACGGACAGGGAACGACGAUCAUCGAAGAGGGAGAGAUCCCAGAGAAUGCUUACCAGACUGGGCACCAGCGCCGUUCGCUGUCACAGAGCUUCAAUCCACCUCGCUUCCAAGCCCUUGCUGCUCAACAGCAGCAAGAUCAGGGAGACAUCGUUGGUCCGACCGGCCGCCCACAACUCGCGCCCAACUUCAUGUUCGGAGCGCGCAGACGUCCUAGCUCGAACCUCACGAUGGGCCCUCCAAUCAACGAGGAGGACGUAGGGUUCCAGUUCCCCCAGCAGAACCAGAACAACAACUUCGGGAACCUUGAGGAUGGCCACAGGAAGCCCGACGAGCGUGGGGACAUCUCUGGGAUUAUGGCAGAGCAGAUCGCUAUUCAGAGCCAGAUUGAGGCGUUGCAGCAGCAGCAACAAGCCCUCUAUCAGCAGCAGCUCGCCUCAAACCAGGUGCUCUCCUUCCAGACGAGUGGUCUCGCGCCUGGCCGCAACGUACACCGUCGUGUCCACAGCACUGCCGUCCCGUCGAUGAAUGCGGGCCUCGGUGCCUUUGGUGGUCCACAGACCGCCAUGGGCCAGUUCGGGAGUCUUGGCGGCUUGGGUAUGGGUCUCGAUGGACAGUCAUCGUCUGUUCCUCGUGGGCACGGAAGACGUCACAGCGUCAAUGUCCUUAACAAGACAAGCGGUCAGCCCAGCUUGGCUGCUCUCGGCUUCUCUCACAGCGCAGACGGCUUUGACGAUGGCUUCGCGCCUCCUGUUGGCCUUGGCGGCUCUGGCCACUCUCGCUCCGAUUCCAGCUGGCGUAUCAAUGGUGGUUUGAACAACCUCCAGGGAGGCGGCAACUUCGCAGCCGACCUCGCUCAGGCUCAAGCUCAGCUCCAGAGUCUGCAGCAGUUCCGUGCGGCUGCUGGCGGUCACCACCAGAAGGCCAUGUCCUUCAGCUUCCCGAACAUGCUUCCGAAUAUGAUGGCGGCCAACAUGAUGGGCCUCGGUCUGGGUGGCAUCAACCUCCUUCAGCAGCAACAGCAGCAGUUCCAGUCUCAGCUUCAACAGCAGUCUAGCCAACCCCAACGCAAGUCGCUUUUCGCUCCCUAUCUCCCUCAGGCCUCGCUUCCCCCGCUUCUCGCGGCUGGUAAGCUUGUGGUCGGUAUCCUACGAGUCAACAAACGUAAUCGGUCGGAUGCGUACGUCGCGACGGAAGUCCUGGACGCCGACAUCUAUAUCUGUGGCUCCAAGGACCGCAACCGUGCCCUGGAAGGUGAUAUCGUCGCGGUUGAACUGCUUGACGUCGACGAAGUUUGGGGCACCAAGAAGGAGAAGGAGGAGAAGAAGCGCAAGAAGGAAGAAAACUCUGCGUACGAUCUGAAGGGCGCUGCUGGCCGCAAGAACGACAAGAAAAAGGAUGAUGUCGAGGUUGAAGGACAGGGCUUGAUGCUCUUCGAGGAUGAGGAGGUGACCGACGACGUGAAGCCGCAGUUCGCUGGCCACGUCGUGGCGGUCGUCGAACGCAUGCCCGGGCAGCUGUUCUCCGGAACGUUGGGUCUGCUCCGUCCGUCGUCGGCAGCUACCAAAGAGAAGCAGGAGGCUGAACGCCGCGAGAGAGAGGGUGACAGGGGCGACGAACCCCGUCGUCCUAUUGAGCGUCCCAAGAUCGUUUGGUUCAAGCCCACUGACAAGCGUGUUCCCCUCAUUGCCAUUCCCACUGAGCAGGCGCCCCCCGACUUUGUGCAGAACUCCGAGGCGUACGCCAACAAGCUGUUCGUUGCCUGCAUCAAGCGUCAUCCUAUCUCAUCCCUUCAUCCCUUCGGUACCCUCGUUGAAGAACUCGGUCCGAUUGGCGACAUUGAGGUCGAGACUAGUGCGCUUCUCAAGGAUUGUAACUUCCCCACGGAGGAGUUCAGCGACAACGUGAUCAAGUGUCUUCCUCCCACACCCUGGUCUAUUCCCGAGCGCGAGUUCGACGUUCGCAAGGAUCUCCGCAGCGAGCGUGUCUUCACUAUUGACCCCGACGAUGCUAAGGACUUGGACGACGCUGUGUCGGUCAAGGCCAACGAUGACGGCACCUACGACAUUGGCGUUCACAUCGCAGAUGUGUCGUUCUUCGUCAAGCCAAACACGGCUCUCGAUCGUGAUGCAAGGAAGAGGGCAACCAGCGUUUACCUCGUGCAACGCGCUGUCCCCAUGCUUCCACCUACUUUGAGUGAGCAAGUCUGCAGCCUUCUUCCCGGCCAGGACCGCCUCGCGUUCUCCGUCAUCUUCACGAUGAGCAAGGAUGCGAAGGUAGUCAAGAAGUGGUUCGGCAGGACAAUCAUCAAGUCCGCUGCGAAGCUCUCCUACGCUAAGGCCCAAGAUCUCAUUGAUGGGAAGACGCUUGGUGAUUUUCCUGUCGAUCCAGCGCACGAUGCCGAGGGUAUAGCCCACGAUAUCAAGGUCCUACACGACAUCGCCAAGCAGCUCCGUGAACGCCGCUUCCAGAACGGUUGUGUGAAGACGCACUCUCUUCGUCUGGCAUUCAAGCUCGAUGAGAACGGUUUGCCCAUCGACUGUGGCCAGUACCAGAGGAACGAGGCCAACAAUCUGAUUGAGGAGUUCAUGCUCCUGACCAAUAUUGCUGUUGCCCAGCAAGUUGCCGUCCAUUUCUCUGAGCAAGCCAUGCUCCGUAGGCACGACAGCCCUAUUGAGCGUCGUCUUAACGCGUUUGUCGAGCGCGCUGCGCGUCUUGGGUACAAGGUGGACACGUCUUCUGUCGCCACCCUCAUGAAGUCUCUCGAGACCGUCGAGGACCCUACGGCACGCACCAUCCUGGAGCUCCUGCUCCAGAAGGCUUCGCCUCGUGCUAAGUACUUCUGCGCUGGUAUGCUCGACAUCGCGAAGUACGGCCACUAUGCCCUCAACGUUCCCCUCUACUCCCACUUUACCUCCCCGAUUCGUCGCUAUGCGGACAUCUUAGUCCAUCGUCAACUCGACGCCAUCCUUCAGGGCGGCUCGGAACCCAAGUUCAACAUGGAUCGUGACGCAGUCGCCAAGGUCGCACAGCAAUGCAACAUCAAGAGAGACUCGGCUAAGCUCGCGCAGGAGCAAUCCGCGCACUUGUACCUGUGUGUUCUCGUAUCCGACCUCACGCAGCGCUACGGCCCUGUCAUCCGUCAGGCGAAGGUCAUCGGCGUGUUGGACGCCGCUUUCGAUGUCCUCGUACCUGAAUUCGGUAUCGAGAAGCGUGUCCACGUUGACCAAAUGCCCAUUGAUAAUCACGUCUACGAUGAGCACACUCACACGCUCCAGAUCUACUGGUCGACGCGCGAUGUGAUCACCUGGCUCGCAGAGAACAGCGAUGAUGAGCAUCUCAAGAAGGUGAAGCAGAACGCCGAGCAGCACGCGGUCAAGAUGGAAGUCGCCUCUCGCUCUGUCCACGACGAGAAGGCGCUCUUCGACGAGGACGACAACGAAGAGGACGAGAUCGUCCUCGGCCGCGCCAACGACCAGGAAGAUGACGUCAAGGAUUCCAAGCAGCGCCUGCUCUCGAAGCAGAAGCUGCCGCCCACUUUCGAAGGCUUGAGGACCCUUCCCUCAGGCCACAGGAUCCAGGAGAUCCGCGAGCUCCAGACUGUCCCGGUCAUCGUCACCGCCGACCUUACUAAGAGCCCUCCUGUCAUCAAGGUCUACAGCGUCAACCCUUACGCUCAAGAAGAGAAGAAGCAGACCGCUUGAACAAUGUGUCUCGCUCUUCGCUGUUCAUGUCCUUCUUCAAGGGGGGUUCUUGUACGAUAUGUGUCGAAGUAGCUCAUGCGUCCCAUUCUCCUAACGUCUUCCAUGUCCCAUCGUGUUUCUGUACGGUGUUGUACUUCCAUUCUUCCCCAGCAGUGCUGCCGCCUUCCCCCGCGCGUUGUGUAGCUUGUCCGGCCUACCGCGUUCAGUCUCUCGUCCUCACCAUGCGUCUUCGUCGCAGCUGCUGUGCCUGUACUAUGGGAUCUUUCUGCUCGUGGAUCGUUCGAAUGUGUAUGCUGUUUGACCCUACAAAUGAUUGUGUGAC